AUGAUAGCUUUCAUGAACAUCGCCUAUCUAGUUGCCCUGUUCCUGCUCAACUCAGAUCGCACUCAGAAAGCCAUUGAGAUAUGCAGCGAAUGUUUGAUUUUGCUAGAUGGCACCGAUCAAAACAGCAAAGACCUAUUUAAUUCACUACUGCUGCAAUUUUACAGCGCCUUCAAUUUACUUCUUUUUAGCGCUUAUUGUCUUAUCUCUGACCAUAAACGUGCGGAAAGAUACGGCAGGAAACUGCUUGUCUUAUACAGCGAGUCUGGUGACUUAGUAAAAGGAGGAGAUGUAAGCUUAGCUCUAGCAGAAGUAGUUUAGGGUCAAAACAGGUUUACAAAUGCCAAACAACUUUACAAAAAAGUACUUAAUAUCAAGAGACAAACUGGUGAACAAAUUGGCGAAGCAAGAGCCUUCGCAAGAUUCGGAAUUGUGCUUUAUAAACUUGGCGAGAACCUAAAAGCGAAGGAUUAUGUUGAGAGGGCCCAUGCCAUAGCAACCGAAAUUGGCGACAAAGAAGGAGAAGCAUCCUGUUGCGAAAACCUGGGAGCAUUGCUUCAUUCGCGCGGGGAAUGCGACACGGCUAAACAGUAUCUCCAAAGAGCGAUUGUCAUCAGAACUGAAAUUGGCGACAGAGAAGGAGAGGCAACUGACUGAGGAUCUCUUGGUUCUGUGUUUCAGUCGCUCGGGCAAUACCACAAGGCUGAAGAGUAUCUCCAAAAAGCGUUUGUCAUCACAACUGAAAUUCGCAACAGAGAGGGAGAGGCAACUGACUACGUAAACCUAGGAACUGUGUUUCACUCUCUGGGGCAAUGCGGCAAAGCUAAAGAACAUCUCCAAAAAGCUCUUACCAUCAGAUCUGAAAUUUGCAACAGAGAAGGAGAGAAAACUGACUAUGGAAACCUAGGAACUGUGUUUCAAUCUCUCGGGCGAUGCGACAAAGCUAAAGAGCAUCUCCAAAAAGCGCUUGUCAUCAGAUCUGAAAUUUGCAACAGAGAAAGACAGGCAACUGACUAUGGAAACCUAAGAACUGUGUUUCACUCUCUCGGGCAACACGACAAGGCUAUAGAGCAUCUCCAAAAAGCGAUUGUCAGCAAAUCUAAAAUUGGCGACAGAAAAGGAGAAGCAUCAUGUUAUGGAAACCUAAGAACUGUGUUGAGGUCGCUCGGGCAAUAAGACAAGGCUAUAGAGCACCUCCAAAAAGCGAUCGUCAUCACAACUGAAAUUGGCGACAGAGAGGGAGAGGCAACUGUCUACGUAAACCUAGGAACUGUGUUUCAGUCGUUCGGGCAAUGCGACAAGCCUAUAGAGUAUCUCCAAAAAGCUGUUGUCAUCACAACUGAAAUUGGCAACAGAGAGGGAGAGGCAACUGUCUACGUAAACCUAGGAACUGUGUUUCAGUCGCUCGGGCAAUGCGAUAAGGCUACAGAGUAUCUCCAAAAAGCGCUUGUAAUCAAAUCUGAAAUUGACGACAAAAAGGGAGAAGCAUCAUGUUAUGAAAACCUAGGAUCUGUGUUUCAGUCGCUCGGGCUAUGCGACAAGGCUAUGGAGUAUCUCCAAAAAGCGAUUGUCAUCACAACUGAAAUUGGCGACAGAAAAGGAGAAGCAAUAUGUUAUGGAAAGCUAGGAACUGUAACGCACUCUCUCGGGCAAUGCGACAAGGUUAUGCAGUAUUUCCAAAAAGCGCUUGCCAUCACAACUGAAAUUAGCCACAGAGAUGGAGAGGCAUUUUGCUACGAAAACCUAGGUAUUGCGUGAUGCUCCCUCGGGCAGUACGACAAGGCUAAAGAGUAUCUCGAAAAAGCGCUUCUCAUUGCAACUACAACUGGCAACAGAGAAAGAGAAGCAUUAUGUUAUGGAAGCCUAGGUACUGUUUUUAAGUUGCUCAGGCGAUACAACAAGGCUAAAGAGUAUCUCCAAAAAGCGCUUGUCAUCGCAACUGAACUUGGCGACAGAAAAGGAAAAGCAUCGUGUUAUAGUACCUUAGGUACUGUGUUCGAGUCUCUCGGGCAAUACGACAAGGCUAUAGAGCAUCUCCAAAACGCGCUUGUCAUCACAGCUAAAAUUGGUGACAAAAAAGGAAAAGCAUCAUGUUAUGGAAGACUAGGUACUGUGUUUAAGUCGCUCGGGCAGUAUACGACAAGGCUAAAGAGUAUCUCCAAAAAGCGCUUGUCAUCUCAACUGAACUUGGCGACAGAAAAGGAGAAGCAUCAUGUUAUGGAAGCCUAG